AUGAAGGCCCGCAAUGGAAAUGCAUGGACUCUGGUGGAGUACGGCUCCAACGUGACGGUGCAGAACCAGCAGGGGGAGCGACCCUCGCAGAGCGCCGAGCGGCAGGGACACACCACCUGCGCUCGCUACCUGGUCGUCGUGGAAACCUGCAUGUCGCUGGCGUCGCAGGUCGUCAAACUCACCAAACAGCUCAACGAACAGGCAGCAGAGAAGAUAGUUCUACAGAAACAGAUGCAGAGCCUGAUGGACCCGAAAGCAGAGGGGACACCUUCCAGAUCACCCAGUUCCCAUCAGCCCUCAGUGGACGCGUGGCCUGAGAUGAUGCUGACAGCGGAGGGGAUUCCUGGAGACGGUCACUGGUUGGUCCGUCAGGGAGGAGUUGGCCCGGACACUGUGCUGCGGCAGCUGCUGGGGAAGGACGCGCCGGAGAUGCUGUGUCCCAGAGAAAGGCUGCCUCUGGCGGGCGGCCUGAGCAGAGACCCGGGCCCCGCGGCCCCCGGAGCCCCCGGCCCCCGCAGGACCGGGCUGGUGGAGCGGAGAGAGCUCAAACUGGCCAGACUCAAACAGAUCAUGCAGCGCUCUCUGAGUGAAUCCGAUUCAGACGGUUAUCCGCCGGAGGAAGGUAAAAGUCAAGCAGCCCCGCCCACUAACACGCUGCGACCUGAUAGGCCGUCUCACCUGCCAAUCACAGAGGAGGAGCCGGCGUCCAAUCACCUCCCGCUGAUGGUGAAGAAGAACCUGCCCCCCCCCUCUUCCUCGGCAGCAGAGAAGAAGCAGGCGUUUUCUGCCAGCGGGUCAAAGUCGGUGGACGGCGGCGGUUACAACCCGUCUCCGACCUCCAGUGACCCCGACGCCGCCGACGGCAAAACGCCCGACGCCUCCGGUGACGCCCACGACGCCGCCAACGGCCAGAAAGUCGCCACCAGCCCGAAGAGCGCCCUGAAGUCUCCCUCCUCUCGCAGGAAGACGUCUCAGAACCUGAAGCUGAGGGUCACGUUCGACGAGCAGGUCCACAAGAGCUCCGGUCAGGAGGCGGAGCCGACGACCAAGGUGCAUCAUGGGAAGGAGAGGACUCCAACGGGAAGCUCUGAAAGCAAGCGUCCGUUCGGGGCGUUCCGCUCCAUCAUGGAGACGCUGAGCGGGAACACGAACCACAGCAACAACAACAACAGCAACAGCAGCAACAGCCAAUCGGGCGCCGCGGUGAAAUCGUCCAACUGUCAGAACUCACCUGGCAAGAAGUCGGAGAGUAAAAGCAGCACUGGGGGAGCCAAGGGGAAAAAUAAGAGCAGUAACGUUUAACAGGCAGCGAGAACGCCACGAGAACGCCCAAUCAGGAGCAAACAGCGAGAGGCAUCACACACACACAUCAUGAGUAGGGCUGGGUGUCAUUUAAAACUACAAUACCAGUUAAAUCCAAGCUCCCAUUUUACAUUCUUUAAAAGAAAAAAGACCCAAAACAAUAAAUCAAUUAUCAAAAUAGUUGUCGAUUAAAUUUGUCGAUCAACUAAUUGAUUAAUUGACUUCUUGUUGCUGCUUUAAAUCCAGUGGAUUCAAUCUAUAUUCGCUUAUCUGCUUUGUGGAUUUGAUAUCUUAAUAUCUUCUGCUGCAGUCGAGGUGAAGUGGGUGAUGAGUAAAGCUGGGUAUCAUUUAAAGAAUUAUGAUGCCAGAACCAAUCCAAGAACCCUUAACCCUCCUGUUGUCCUCCCGGGUCAAAUUGACCGCAUCUCUUUUGACUGUUCCUUCUUUCCUCCCUCCUUCCUUACUCCUUUCCUUCCCUCCCUCCUUCCUUCCUUCCUUCCUUCCUUCCUUCCUUCUUCCUCCCUCCCUUCCUUACUUGACAUGAGGACAACAGGAGGGUUAAAGUGAUACUGAUACCAGCUGAGUGCUCCAUUAGAUUCCCAUUAACACAUUUAGGUCUCUGUCUUGUAUCCAUAGUAACAGGCGUGUAGUGUAGACACACUUUAGAGCGUUUAGGUGGCAUCUUGGCUGCUGAACUGCUAAGCACGCUAACUCAAAUUCACCACGACUUCACCACCACAGACGGGUCGUAGCUGUUGUGGCAGUGGACCAAUCACAUGUCACGUUAAACCCAAGAACGCUUGCUGUUGAUUGGCUGUGAGCAAGUUCAUACAAAUAGUCAUAUUUUCUAGUUGUGGGUGCAAAAAGGAUCGAUUGUAGGUAUCGAUUGAUGUGAGAUUCGGUCAAUACCUUAAAGAUAUCGAUUACUGAUACCCAGCCCUAAUGAUGAGUGAUAUCUAAAACUAGCUGGAAUCAACAGGAAGUAUUGUUUUGCAUCAAUAAUCUCGUCUUCUAUCUUCUUCGUCUGUUUGACUCUCGAUCAUUUUCGACGGAAGCAG